AUGGAAAGUAUUGCAUGUGUCAAGUUCCUUGCAGCAGUGUUUCUGGUGUUGUUGCUGCUCUUGGAUCUUCUUCUGUCCAACUAUUCCAUAGUUGCUGCGGAACAAGUUCGUUGCAUUGAGAAAGAGAGACAUGGCUUGCUUCAGUUGAAAGCAGCUUUUGUGUUGGAUGAACCUGAGCCUUUGUCUUCGUGGGAAAGUGAUGAUGAAAAGAGCGAUUGUUGUGAAUGGAACCGAGUCACUUGUAGCAAACACACUGGCCAUGUUGAAAUGCUUGAUCUAAACGGUGCUGAUCAUCAGUUUCGUCAUUUUCAGGGUGAGAUUAGUGCAUCGUUGAUGGAGUUGCAGCAUUUAAAGUAUUUGAACCUUAGUUGGAAUUGGUUUCCAAACAAUCCUAUUCCGGAAUUUAUUGGUGUUCUAAGCAACUUAAGAGUCCUUGAUCUUCAUAACUCACUUUUUCGUGGAAGGAUUCCAAAUGGUCUUGCCAAUCUUUCACACUUGCAAUAUCUUGAUCUUUCAAUGAACAAUCUGGAGGGUAUAAUCCCUCAUCAACUUGGAAAUCUCUCUCAUUUGCAAUAUCUUGAUCUCAGUUCGAAUGAUCUUGUUGGAACAAUCCCUUAUCAACUUGGGAGUCUUUCAAAUUUGAAGCAGCUUCGUCUUGGAUCCAAUGAAGGACUCAAAAUUCAUGCUGGAGGUAAGUGGCUAUCCAACCUCACCCUUUUAACCAAUCUUGACUUGAGUCAGGUAAAUAAUCUUAACCUUUCUCAUGGCUGGCUUCAAGUCACUGUCAUGCUUCCAAAAAUAGAGGAGUUGAAGCUAUCUGAUUGUGGUCUUUCAGAUUUUUAUCUCUCUUCUCUCUCCUCUUCAAAAUUGAAUUUUUCUACUACCCUUAAUAUCCUUGACCUUUCAAAGAAUACCUUCACAUCAAUUUCCAAAUUAUUUCAAUGGGUGUUUAAUGCUAGCUCCAACUUAACAGAGCUUGAUCUUAGCUAUAACCUCUUGGAAGGUCCUAUUUCAUAUGAUUUUGGCAACAUCACAAAUCCACUUGAGAGUCUUGACUUGUCCAGUAAUGAACUAAAGGGUGGAAUUCUUGAAUCCUUUAGGAAUAUAUGUACCUUACGUUCAUUACACCUCAACAACAUCAAUCUGAAUGAAGAAGUAUCCACAAUUCUUAAUUUUUUUGGUUGUUCUAGACAUUCACUGCAAGAAUUGAGUUUAAGUGACAACCAAAUUACUGGCACAUUACAUGAUCUUUGUAUAUUCCCGUUUCUAAAGUCAAUGGACCUUUCAUUUAAUUGGUUAAGUGGGAAGUUGCCAGAGGGUGAUAAAUUGCCACCCAAUUUGGAGUCUUUGAUAAUUGAAUCGAACUCCUUGGAAGGUGGGAUUCCAAAAUCAUUCGGUAACAUAUGUACCUUACGCUCGCUAGACCUGUUCAAUAACAGUUUAAGCGAAGAUCUUUCAAUGAUAAUUUAUGAUUUGUCUGCUGGGUGUGUCAAAUACUCACUACAAGAGCUAAGCUUGGCCAGCAACCAAAUAACUGGCACAAUUUCUGACAUGUCAAUGUUCCUAUCUUUAGAAACAUUAGACCUGUCUGACAAUCUAUUACAUGGAAAGAUACCUGAAAAUAUUCGAUUUCCGUAUAAUUUACAGAUUCUGAAUCUGUAUUCCAACAAAUUGAAUGGUGUGAUUAGUGAGUUCUAUUUUGCCAACAUGUCCAUGUUAUAUCAAUUAGACUUAAGUUACAACUCGUUGGCUUUAACAUUUAGUGAAAAUUGGGUCCCACCUUUUCAAUUGGUUUAUGUAUAUUUAAGUUCUUGUAGGUUAGGACCUAGUUUUCCUAAAUGGUUACAGACUCAAAGAUAUGUUUAUGAGCUUGACAUUUCUGAUGCUGGAAUCUCAGAUGUUGUUCCUGUGUGGUUUUGGAUCCAAACCAAAACGCUGAGCAUAAUGAAUAUUUCAUACAACAAUCUCACAGGUACAAUUCCAAAUUUGCCGGUAAGAUUUCUUGAAGCUUGUAAUGUAAUUAUGGCUUCAAAUAAGUUACAAGGUUCAAUCCCAUCCUUUUUACGAGGUGCAGCAUUACUAUAUUUGUCUAAUAACAAAUUUUCAGAAGCUCAUAAUUUCUUGUGUAGUAACACUACAGUUGAUAGAUUGGGCAUAUUAGAUCUCUCAAAGAAUCUAUUGUGGAGGCAGAUCCCUGAUUGUUGGAGUCGUUUCAAAGCAUUAGAGUUUCUAGAUUUGAGUGACAAUACUUUGUCUGGAGAAGUUCCGUUCUCUAUGGGAUCAUUAAUUGAACUUCAAGUAUUGAUAUUGCGUAACAAUAGCUUAACUGGGAAGUUGCCAUUUUCAUUGAAAAAUUGCACAAAGUUGGUUAUGCUAGAUCUUGGAGAAAAUAGAUUUUCAAGUUCAAUACCCUCUUGGAUAGGAAUGGGACAAAGGUUGCAGAUGUUAAGCUUAAGAAGGAACCAAUUCUUUGGAAGUCUUCCACAGAAUCUUUGUUACUUAACAGACAUUCAGCUGUUGGAUCUCUCAGCAAACAAUCUUUCAGGUCAAAUUUUCAAAUGCUUAAAGAACUUCACUGCAAUGUCACAAAAGGGUUUUUCAACUAGCUCAGAACAACUCUUCAAGAAUAACAAGCUUAUUUUAAAGAGCAUUGAUCUUUCAAGUAAUCAAUUUAAUGAUCAUAUUCCGGAUGAAAUUGGAGACUUAGUAGAAUUGGUGUCAUUGAAUCUAUCAAGAAACAAUUUGACUGGAGAAAUUACUUCAAAGAUUGGAAUGUUAACAUCACUUGACUUUCUUGAUUUGUCAAGAAACCAUUUCUUGGGUUCAAUUCCUCCUACUCUUGCUCUAAUUGAUCGCCUUUCUGUUCUUGAUCUAUCACAUAACAACUUGUCUGGAAAAAUUCCUAUCGGCACACAAUUACAAAGUUUCAAUGCCUCAAGUUACGAUGGAAAUGUUGGUCUUUGUGGGAAACCACUAGACAACAUAUGUCCAGAAGAUGAAGCACCACCUCAAGAACCAAAAACACUUGACAAAAGUAGUCCAAAAGAUGAGAAGAAUCCAAUUUAUCUUAGUAUGGCAUUAGGAUUCAUCACAGGAUUUUGUGGACUUCUAGGCUCAUUACUACUCAAUCGCACUUGGAGACAUGCAUAUUGCUUGUUCUUGAACAACGUAGUAGACACAGUUUAUGUAACUGCAACAUUGAAUGCAGCUAAAUUCCAAAGGCUUAUUGGUAAAAAAAUUUGUUCUCCUACUCUUGCCUUUAUAUAUUACUAA